CGUAAUCCCAAAUGUAUAACGAAAAUCUCGCAGUACAAAGAUUGGCACACUUCUCGUGGAUCCAUCACUGGGAAAUAUUACAUUUUAUAGGUUCAUCCCGGCCAAAUCAUUAUUUGUUAAUUAAUUAAUUAUAAUUUGUCUAAAAAUGAAUCGACAUGGAAAGGAAGACAGUGACAACUUCGGGGGGCAAGUAGGUCAAGGAGAUCGUGAACAAUGUCACACUUGUGGGGGCAGUGGAUCAGUUGAGGUCAAGAAAAGCAGGUCAUAUUUCUCCUGGGGUGGCAAAGGUGGGAAGGGGGCAGAUGGGGCGCAAGAUGGUCAAAAUGGGGGUUGGUUUAGGGGUGGGCGAGGAGGCAAUGGGGCUGACAGAAGUCAAGAUGGACGAGAUGGAAGCAAAUAUUAAGAGGGUGGUGUAAAUUGAUAGGAUUUCUGACGGAUUUUCAAUUUAUUAUGUUCUAAAUUUUUGUCAUUCAGAGUAGUAUGUUGUAAAUAAAUAUAUAUAAAAUAUAUAUAAAAUGCAA